UCUAGGAGGAAGGGAGCCAGCCCCUGGGCGCGGCCUGCAGGGGGCAGGCGAUCUCCCGGGGACGCGGGGGCCAGAAGGCCCGAGCCGGUGCCAGUCCGCAGCCGCCGCUGCCGCCCGUGCCCCGCGAGCCCGAGAUCUGCUGCCCCGCCAACAUGUGCGCCGCCCGCAUGCCGCCCCUGGCGCACAUCUUCCGAGGGACGUUCGUCCACUCCACCUGGACCUGCCCCAUGGAGGUACUGCGAGACCACCUCCUGGGCGUGAGCGACAGCGGCACGAUAGUGUUUUUAGAAGAAUCAUCCCAACAAGAAAGGCUGGCCAAAGAAUGGUCCUUCAAGCCAUGUGAGAUAAGAGAAUUGAGCCACCAUGAGUUCUUCAUGCCUGGGCUGGUUGAUACACACAUCCAUGCCCCACAGUAUUCCUUUGCUGGGUGUAAUGUUGAUUUGCCGCUUUUGGAGUGGUUGGCCAAGUACACAUUUCCUACAGAACAAAGAUUUCAGAGCAUUGACUUUGCAGAAGAAGUAUAUACAAGAGUCGUUAGGAGAACACUAAAGAAUGGAACAACCACAGCUUGUUACUUUGGAACAAUUCACACUGACUCAUCACUGCUUCUUGCGGAAAUUACAGAUAAGUUUGGGCAGCGUGCAUUUGUGGGCAAAGUCUGCAUGGAUCUGAACAACAGUAUUCCAGAAUACAAAGAGACCACCGAGGAAUCAGUCAAGGAAACAGAGAGAUUUGUGUCAGAAAUGUUUCAAAGGAAUUAUUCUAGAGUGAAGCCCAUAGUCACUCCACGCUUUUCCCUUUCCUGCUCUGAAACAUUGAUGAGUGAACUUGGAAACAUAGCAAAGACCCAUGAUUUGCAUGUUCAGAGCCACAUAAGUGAAAAUCGUGAUGAAGUUGAAGCUGUGAAAAACUUAUUUCCCAGUUAUAAAAACUACACAGAUGUGUAUGAUAAAAACAAUCUUCUGACAAAUAAGACAGUGAUGGCUCACGGCUGCUACCUUUCUUCUGAAGAACUGAACAUCUUCAGAGAACGAGGAGCAUCAAUCUCACAUUGUCCCAACUCUAACUUGUCGCUAAGCAGUGGCUUUCUCAAUGUGCUAGAAGUCCUGAAGCAUGAUGUGAAGAUUGGGCUGGGUACAGAUGUGGCUGGCGGAUACUCAUACUCCAUGCUUGAUGCAAUCAGAAGAGCGGUGAUGGUUUCUAAUAUUCUUUUGAUCAAUAAGGUAAAUGAGAAAAGUCUCACCCUCAAAGAAGUCUUCAGAUUAGCUACUUUGGGAGGCAGCCAAGCUUUAGGGCUAGACAAAGAGAUUGGAAAUUUCGAAGUGGGCAAAGAAUUUGAUGCUCUCCUGAUCAACCCCAAAGCUUCUGACUCUCCCAUUGACAUGUUCUAUGGAGAUUUUAUUGGUGAUAUUUCUGAGGCUGUUAUACAGAAGUUCCUCUAUCUAGGAGAUGAUCGUAAUAUUGAGGAGGUUUAUGUGGGCGGAAAGCAGGUGGUUCCAUUCUCAAGCUCUGUGUAAAACCUUAGGUAUCUCCAAGUUCUCCUGGGAUAACGUGAUUCUGCAUCUCUCUUGUGCCCAGGCAGAGUUCGAAAGUCAAAAAAACAGUACCUUGUUCUUGGGGUGACAAUUUCUUUCUGUGUCUAGUUAAAGUAUUCAUCUGACAAAUCAUUUGAGGGAAGCUCUAACAAUCAACUCUGGUUGGGAGGAUUCAAAAUCUCUCCCUUUUGAGCUGUUCAGAUUUACUUUCAGCUCAAACAUAAGGGACAUUACUGGUGGUUUUCUUAUAGACUGAGGUAAGAUUGAUUUCAUAUUCAAAACUGUGGAGAGAAAAAUAUUGCUAUAUGGUUAGAUAUUUUGAUCUAAUACUAAUAAAAAAUCAGAAAAUGAAUGAAUGAGUAUAGUUUUAUGAGGAAAAAGAGUUCAGACUGUCAACAACUGUGGAAAAUCACUUCAGAUUAUUCUGGUAAAUUGUCUACUGAGCAAAAUAAUUAAGAGAAAAAGGAGAGAACUUGCUGAAAUUUAAAAUGUUCCAAGAUGGACCUUGUGUUCUGAAAGUUUACACUUAAUGGAAUUUGCAUAUUACAGCUGUGUUAUUGUUGUACUUUGCCUUCUUUGGGGAUGAAAUGUCAGAAAUUGAAUGCCAUAUACUUCCUUAACAUAGUUCUAUGCUUCAAAGUGUUUGACAGAAGUUGGGUAUUAAAGACUUAAAGUCUCUUAGGAAUAUUAUUCAUAUAACUACAUAGCAUAAAUAGUUGUAUUUUUGUGUACUUUAAAAAAACUCACUUCCUAAUCAUGCUGUAUUAGUAGUGCUUCAGUUUUGCUAGAACACAGAUGAAUGCUGCCCCACUGUUGUGUAGACUGGAAUCUUCAGAAACUGAGGCAAACACUGGGAAUCCAGGGACUGUCAGUAUGAAGAAAAACUUGCUGUAAUGGCCUCUUCUCCCUAAGAACUUGAUCCAAGUUGCUGGAAAUUUCAUACUCAAAAAUAUUAGAAUUUUAAAAUGAAAGAUAAAUAUUAUUAAAGAAAUAUUUAAAAAUAAACCCUGCACAUUGAAAUAAUUCUAUUUUCUCAUUUUAUCCUAUUAUCUUUCCAACGCCUAUUAAUUUUUAGGACUUUAGAAUUUUUGGAUGAUGGAAAUUAUAAACAGGUCAUACUUAAUGCACAUAUGAGUGGGACAUCAUCAUGCUGGACAUCUAGGAAUGUUCACAAAGCAGAGAAUAUUUUUAUGUUCCCAGCUAAUAAGUAUGCUUCUUACAACCAAGAAUUAAAACAAAAUUAUGAAUUUGUGAGACAUCCUGAAAUAGUAGUGAUGUAAAUGUUAUUUAAACCCUUUACCCUUUACCUCACUUGAGUCCAAAUACUACACACCAGCAACAAAAGAAACAAGGUUUUUUUUAGUCUAGAGCAUUACUUGGAUCUAAGGCUUAGGUAUGACUUGUUUAUAUUACCAAACAGUGAAGACUUUCAAAUAAUAUUGUUGAUUUCAUAUUUACAGAAAUAAGAACACAAAUUCCCAUCCCUUAUUGUUAUAUUUUAUUCCCACAUAGGCUAUUGAGUAAUCAUUUGCAUAUUCAUUUCAGGCUUUUUCCCUUGUUGGAAACACUCUUAGCUUAGUAUAAACUACAUCUAGAGAUUAAGCAAAAUUUUGGUUAUUUGGUCACACAAUACCCAAGGUUUUGUAUUGUGAUAGAGUAAGUAAUUUAGUUGAAUCUUAGUUGACUCCAGUCUCUGUCUUGCCAAAAUUUCUAAUUCCCGAGCCCUGUAAAAGAUGCCUUUCCAAAUUUCUCCCUUUAUUUCUAUAGUGUCAGCAAGUCUUUUCUGCCCUCUCACACAGUCACUGCCAAAUGAACUUGGUUAUUUGGUACUUAACCCAAAUAAAUGUCUACUCCACUAAAUGAUGAAUCUGGAUGAGAAGUGCAAGAUCCACUAAUAAUCGUUGCCAAUCUUUGCAAGAUCCUACACUUUUAAUUCCCUUAAGGGUAUAAAUUUUGAUGUUGAACAUCAGUUUUCAUGUAUACAUAAGUGUAGCAUCAGAAGCAGAAGAAUGGCCAUAUAUAACCAAUCUGACAAACCUAGUAUGACCAAUCUGACAACCCUAGUAAUAUGUAAAGACUUUAUCUAUUCUACUAAAAAUGGAAUGUGUCAAAAUGUUUACAUGUAUUUUUGAUCCCACUUGCAUUCACUUCUGACUUGUUUUACUUCUCAAGUGCAAUAUUACUGAAUGUUGCAUAUGAUUUUUGCAGUAUUUCUAUACAUGUGACUAGAUGUUCUGCACUUUAAAAUGUUGCCUUUGACUAAUGAGGUUUGACUUUAAAUUGUGGAGCGCAGUAUUCAAACUAAUAUUGCCACUUUAUGUUUGAAAGUUUUUCUCUCUGCCUAGAGACAAAUAUUUAUAACUAUCAGAUCCCUCACUCUAUUCUACAAUGUUUCACUUAUGUUUCAUGGUAUUUUUAAUGGAAUACACUUUGUAGGUAAAGGUGUAAUCAACUAGUGUUGACUAUCAGUCACUUAAAAUGCUUUUAAAAUAAAAGCAGACUAAUUCAUUCAAAAAGGAACAAAGUACAAUAUCAGGAUCUGCAAGAUUGUCGAAGUAAUUGCAAACAGAGGUGGAGGAGCCUGCUCCCUUGGUAAUUCUUAACUUUGAAUCUUCUCUUGCUAAAUUCUCAAAUGUUUUAGAAUCAAGAGAAUAUCUUGGAAUGAUCUCCAUUCAUGCCAGAAGGAGGUCUUCCUAGGAUAGUAUUGAACAUUAAAUCUCUCUGAAUCUCUUGUUUUCUUCCAUGACAAUUGUGAGAGGUAGAGAAAGGAAAUAUGUAGAAAACUCUUGUUAGGUUUGAUUGAUUGAUUGAGUGAGUGUGUGUGUGUGUGUGUGUGUGUGUGUGGUGGCAGAGACAAGCUCAGGGCCUCACACAUGCAACAACGCAAACAAUAUUGUUGAGAUAUAUCUUCAGCCCAACUUGGCUGACUUUGCAGUGAGCCCUUAAGUACUAUUAUUGGCAUAACUGGCUAAGUCAGAGAGGAAACAAUGAACCUAAGAUGCAGUGACAUAUCCUGGAUCUUCUGUCCCUUCCAGUCUCUUCCUAUUUUUAAUCUUAGCAAUUCAGAAUCACAUGCAGCAAAGGCUUUAAGGCAAGCUGGAAGGUAUACUGGAUCAAUUCUGCCUUGUAAUUAUAUAUGGCUGAUACCAGAAUUGGAUGUUUUUUGCAGCCUACUGAGCAUUUUUUAUGUUGAUAAUGUCAGAAAUAUUCACAUGUGUAACAAGUGUUCUGAUUAAUAAAAGAUAGAUUCAGAAAUGUGUUUGGGGUAAUGUCUUGAAAUAAUGUUCUAAUAAUUGAAAAAAGUUUAAUGGUUUGUUUUCUGAUUAAAGGAAACAUUUGCAGUUUCAAAUGUUCUAAUUACCAUUUUGAAACUCAACAAUCUCUAAAGGAAAAUCAUGGCAAGAAGUCCACAAAUGAACAGACACCUUUACAAAGUAGCAGGCAUGUUUCUGUCCGCAGGCUUAUUUCAACUCCUUGUGAGCAAUAGAGUGAAAAGUUAGUUUGUGGGUCUAGUCCAAAUUUAUUGAAUGCAAGUCAAAGACAUCAAUGAUGAAAUGAAGCAAAAAUCCUAACAGCACUUUCACAUUCCAACAGUGUUAAAGCUAUUAGAAUGACCUGUUCAGAGGCAUUGAUUCACUAGUCUAGUUCCUAGCUCAAAAACAUGUCAGAAAACAUUAUUCAUAAAAACCUCUUUAUAUCGUUGCUAAAGUCCUGAUUGUGUUAUUAACAAUAUAUGUGUAUGUAUCCACGGGGACAUUUUUCUCAAUAUUUGUGUAAUUUGCUUAUUGUUCUUGUGCUAAAUGAGCUUCUUUGUGCUUUAGACAAAAAUAAAUGAGACGUGUUGUUA